AUUCAUCAACUGAACAUCCUCACGAAAACCCCAGUGACACAGUCAUCGUACUCCACUUCCAAAUUCUUUAAUUAAGAGGGUGUCUUUUGCUGCGAACCCGUAGAAAGGGAGGCAUUCCAAAAUUUCAGGCUGAAACCUUCCCUCCUCUCUCUCUCUCUCUCUCUCUCUGAUGACUGCUGCUCUACGAAUAUCUGGCGACUCUUUAUCUCUUCUCAAAACCCACAAGGAUUCAACUCAAGUCGAAGAAAGCAAGGGCUUUUCAUGGCUUCUGCUGUUCCUGCGGAGCAGCAGAUCGAGGGAUCUCCGAAGCAAGUGACUGGCGAUUCAUUCAUCCGUCUCCAUCUCAGAAAGCUCUCUCCCUAUCAGCCAAUCUUGCCAUUUGAGGUGUUAUCCACACGCCUUGGCAGGAAGCCUGAGGACAUCAUCAAGCUUGAUGCAAAUGAAAAUCCAUAUGGUCCACCUCCACGCCUUGGCAGGAAGCCUGAGGACAUCAUCAAGCUUGAUGCAAAUGAAAAUCCAUAUGGUCCACCUCCUGAGGUGGUGGAGGCUUUAGGGACAAUACGAUUUCCUUAUGUUUACCCUGAUCCUGAAACUCGUCGAUUACGUGCUGCUCUUGCUGAAGAUUCAGGUCUUGAAUCUGAUUAUAUACUUGCUGGUUGUGGUGCAGAUGAACUUAUUGAUCUAAUUAUGAGAUGUGUGCUUGAUCCUGGUGAUAAGAUUGUAGACUGCCCUCCAACAUUUACAAUGUACGAGUUUGAUGCAGCUGUUAACGGGGCACUGGUCAUUAAAGUUCCAAGGCUGCCAGAUUUUUCUUUAGAUGUUUCUGGCAUUGCUGAAGUUGUCAAAGAGGAAAUGCCAAAAUGCAUUUUCCUUACAUCCCCAAACAAUCCAGAUGGAAGUAUAAUCGAUGAUGAAGAUCUCUUAAAGAUUCUUAGCAUGCCUAUAUUGGUUGUACUGGAUGAAGCCUACAUAGAAUUCUCUGGUCUGAAGUCGAGGAUGGACUGGGUAAAGAAGCAUGAAAAUUUGAUUGUCCUCCGGACAUUUAGCAAGCGAGCAGGGUUAGCUGGACUUCGUGUUGGAUAUGGUGCAUUUCCUCUUAGCAUUAUCCAAUAUCUAUGGAGGGCAAAGCAACCAUAUAAUGUGUCUGUGACAGCUGAAAUUUCUGCAUGUGCUGCCCUAAGCAACCCUAAUUAUUUGGAGAAGGUGAAGAAUUCUUUAGUUCAGGAAAGAGAGAGGUUAUUUAGUCUUUUGAAGAAAGUGCCUUACUUGAAGCCGUUCCCAAGCUAUUCUAACUUUAUUCUUUGUGAGGUUACAUCUGGGAAGGAUGCUAAGAGAUUAAAGGAGGAACUUGCACAAAUGGGCGUUAUGAUUCGUCAUUACAACAACAAGGAAUUGAAGGGAUAUGUUCGAGUCUCUGUUGGGAAGCCUGAGCACACUGAUGCCCUCAUGCAAUGCCUCAAACUCCUCCAAUGAUGACAAACUUUUAUAUGGUAAUUCUUGUAAACAAGGAUAAUUUUAUUUUUCAAUUUAGGAACUUGAAUUGUAUUACAUUAUCUGAUAAUUGCCCCAAUAAUUUGAAAUCAACAAACCGAUGUAGUUUCUAUUA